AUGGGCAAGUUCGAACGACUGCCGCAGCAGAUCCUUAAUGUCAAUAUCAUCCAUGUUCUUGAGCAGGUCUUCCGAUUUCCAGCUCAGUUGUACUGUGGCGGCCAGGGUGGGAAUGCAUGCUGUUUUGCACACAUCGUGCACGGAACAUCGCCAGAACAAUGGUAUGCUCAGUGCCAACGUCUCGAGGAGACUUUGAAGGGGCGCUUGAAACAACGUGCUGGAGAGAACAUGACGCCAAGCGAGGUUGCCAGGCACCUCCAGGAAGGCACGGAUGGGUCUCCUCAGUUCACCCAGGAAAUCGCAUGGUUGCGACAACACCUCGAGCAAGCAUGCAUGCUGGCAAAGUCCUCGCUUAGUUCAGAAACGUUGCAGGUCCCUGAUCCAGAUAUGCUGGAUGUUGCUGCAGUGGCACGGACCUAUGCUGAAGUACAUCAAGGCCGAAGACACUUUCGGCCUGUGCAGCUUGCGGCUAUCCUGCUCAACGUGAGAGCUUCUGCUGCCAUGUCAUCCGUCCUGAUUGAGAUGAAAACCGGUGAGGGUAAGACGGAUAUGUGUGCUGCGGUGGCAGCUGUUUUAGCCAAGCGAGCUCCAAAACACGCCGUGCACAUUCUGACCUCCAGCAGUGAUCGCGCAUGUGACGAUUGCAAGUCCACGAAGGCCUUUCUUGAAGCAUGCACUGGCAGACCACCAACGCUUGCAUCUGAGGGCUUGAAGUGGGGUGACGAGGGUAGUGGUGUGGUCUAUGCACAGGUUACGGACAUUCAGAAGAUGGUGGUCGACGAGAUGAGGAAUGGCAAGAAGAAAGAGUUGUUCCGAUGGUUGGAGGAUUGCUUCCUUCUUGUGGACGAAGCCGACCAUGUCUUGAUUGAGCAGUCCGAAAACCAACUCUACAUCUCGAGCCCCUGCCGUGGUUUCCAAGCACUGGCCCCAUUGACCUUCUUGACGAUGGCUUACAUGGACUUUGACGCAGAUUUCAGCGAGGCCUCCGUCAAGGAUCCCAUGGCCAUCCCCGAAAAGAGCACUGCUUUGGCCAACAAGCUUGUCGAGGAGUUACACAAAUUCGAGGGAAAGGGCAACUCCGGUCGCUGGAAACACAUGGCGCCAGUCAAGGUUGAUCAGGAGGCUUUCAUUGCCAGCUUGGCAUCCGGAAGUUUGGGGGCGAGAUUGAAGGUUGCUGGGAAAGAGUUCGUGAUUGAGAACCAGGAGCAAAACGGCAUCACCAUACCUCAAGUGGUAAUCGUCGACAUGGCAACCGGCACUGAAUCCGUGGGUACCAGGUGGACAUCUGAAGCGCCUGCAGUCGAGGCCCUGCAUGCGCUGCCCGUCGGAGGCUCUGAGCCUCUGGCGUUCUUCAACUCAAUUCCCACACUGGCUCGGAAAUACAAGUGGGUUGGCGGCACCACGGGCACCUUGGGUCAGAACCACUGCCUGGAGUUUUAUGCGAAAGUCUACAAUGCCAGAACGACUUUCCGCAUCCCUCGUAAUUCGCCGGGAUGUAUCUUCAUGUUGCCUCCCGUCAUCUCCAGCACCGAAACAGAAUGGCUGCGGAACAUCCAGGAAUCGGCGGAGACGUAUCUCAGCAACGAGCACGGCUUGGGUGUGUCUGGUCCAGUGCUCGUGAUCACGGAGAGCAUCCUCAGGGCGGAGCAAGUGGUAGACUAUCUCAAGGAGGCAGGCUAUCCCAUCAUGACGGCUGACAGCAGCAAUGGCGAAGUGGGAUGGUCGCAUCAGCGACUCAAUGGCAGGGUUAGACUCAGAAGUCAGGCACAUGUUUUCCCUUUCUACAAGUCCCACCAUGCGGUGACGGAGAAGCUGCCAGAUGCAUCCAUUGUUGUGGCCUCUAACAAGGGCGGUCGUGGCCUUGACUUGAAGCUUGACGGAAAGUGUCCUGCAGGUUGCCCCCUUGCGCAUCCACAGGUGCCCGUCACCGACGGAGGCAGCGUACUGUUCGUCAUCCUGACAGAGGCCUUAAAUGAACGCCAAGAUGUCCAAGCUCGUGGGCGUUGCGGUCGCAGUGGAAAGCCUGGUGUGGUUCAGUACCAGCUGUUCGUGGAAGACACGAUGCCGCCAAAGACAGUUGGACAUGUCGUGCAGGUGCAGAACAAAAAGGCAAAGGAUGAAUCCGGCCAUCUUCGCUCGAAGUCGCUGCGUGUCGCAGACAUGGUGAAGGAUGGGCGCCUACUUGAGAAGUUCGUUGAUUGGAAAAUCACCUACCAGAGACGGUUGCUCAACGACUUGCUUCCUAGCACAGGGAAGUUCAAGCUCGAAGGUUCGUUCCUGCCGGAGUUGGAGUUGAACAUGAGCCGCUUUUUAGAGGAGCUCCUGGUAGAGAGGUGGGCUUAUUGGAGAACCAUGGGCGAGCCAUGGCGCAAAACGGAUGACACCGUCUACCAUUUCCGACAGAGGCGGGCCUGCAGCAAGUUUAGGGCUUAG